CCCAGGCAGGCGUGUGUCCCCACUGCCGUGGAGGGGCUGUGCCCCAACGCCACAUGCUUUCCUACCCAUCUGCUCCCCAGAGUGCUGCCUGCUCUGCACCUGGGUCCUGGAGCCCUUCUCCGCCCGGACAAGGUCCAGCCCCUCUUUCUUGGCCCACCUGUGCCGUGCCCCACCCCACUCUGCCCAGAAGUGCAAAAGCCCAAGCCGCCUCCAUGGCCUCAGGAAGGAUUCAGGGGAGAGGCCCCAUACAGGGAGCCGCUCCAACAAGACAGCCUGGCCAGAAUGGAGCUGACUGAACUGGUCCUCGUGGUCAUGCUUCUCCUAACUGCAAGACUAGCUCAGUCCAGCCCAGCUCCUCCUGCCUGUGACCCACGACUCCUAAAUAAACUGCUACGUGACUCCCAUGUCCUUCACGGCAGACUGAGUCAGUGCCCAAACAUUAACCCUUUGUCCACACCUGUGCUGCUGCCUGCUGUGGACUUCAGCUUGGGAGAAUGGAAAACCCAGACGGAACAGACCAAGGCACAGGACGUUCUGGGAGCGACAGCCCUUCUGCUGGAGGGAGUGAUGGCAGCACGGGGACAACUGGGUCCCACCUGCCUCUCGUCCCUACUGGGACAGCUUUCUGGACGGGUCCGCCUCCUCCUUGGGGCCCUGCAGGGCCUCCUGGGAACCCAGCUUCCUCUACAGGGCAGGACCGCAGCUCACAGAGAUCCCCAUGCCAUCUUCCUGAGCUUCCAGCAACUGCUCCGAGGAAAGGUGCGUUUCCUGCUGCAUGCAGUAGGGCCCACCCUCUGUGCCGAGCAGGCCCUGCCCACCACAGCUGCCCCACACAGUGCCUCUCUCUUGCUCACACUGAACAAGCUUCCAAACAGGACUUCUGGAUUGUCGGAGGCAAACUCCAGUGUCUCAGCCAAAACUACUGGCUCUGGACUUCCGAAGAGGCUGCAGGGAUUCAGAGCCAAGGUUCCUGGUCUGCUGAACCAAACCUCCAGGUCCCUAGACCAAAUCCUGGGACACCUGAACGGGGCACAUGGACCUUUGAAUGGAACUGGUGGACUCUUUCCAGGACCCUCACCCAGGGCCCUAGAAACUCUGAACAUUCCUCUGGGAGCUUUGGACACAAACUCCCUGCCACCCGACCCCCAGCCUGGAUAUUCUCCUUCCCUAACCCACCCUCCCCAUGGACAACAAACAGUCUUCUCCCCUUCACCCACUUUGCCCACCCCCAUGGUCAAGCUCCAAAUCCCUCUUCCCGGCCCCUCUGCUGUCCUGCCGAACCCCACCAGUCCGCUUCUCAUUGCAGUGCAGCCUCACUCCCAGGAUCUGUCUCAGGAACAGUAAGGUUCUCAGGCACUGCAGGCAGCAGCACUGUCCCCUCCCCUGUGUAACUCUCUCGCCCGGAGGAGGGCCCUGGGAGACAACCGAAGCCCUGCCAGAAUUCCUGCUUUCCCCUGAAACGCCCAGCCCUGGUAAAGGUGAAUACGCCGGGCGGAAACUGGGGUCUUUUUCACUGUUUGAAACACCAGAAGCCAUUUUUUUAAGCUAUCAAUAAUACUCAGCAGAGCAGCUAGUUAUCUUUGGUCUAUUUUCUACACAAAUGUCGAAAUUACGAAUUCUCCAUGUUUUUUCAUACAAUAAUUCCUCAAAGGCCUGAACUGGCCUGGCCCCUGAACAGAGGUAGAGACUAAUCUUAUAUCAGAAAAACAGAAAAACGAACUUUGGUUUUCUAGUCAAAACUAAGGUUAGUCUCUUUACCCCCUUUUACCAUCAUUCUCAAUAGGACUCUGAUUUCCUUUUCUUAGGAGAUUCUUACUCUUGAGAAAUGAAUGAGAAGUUGUCUUCCAGAAAGACUGUCUCUACAUAAUAGAUAAAACUGAGUCUGGACAAAUAAAGAAUGAAUGAGAGUACCCAAAAGCUAACUGAAAAGAAAGAGCACGAUGUUCAUCUCUGGGGGCAAUAGUUCUGUGCUUCCCUAAAAAAGGGGAAAAAAAAAAAAAGCUAACAGGAAGUCUAGGAGUGCCUCACACCUCAGGUAAGCCUGUGCAGACAGUUCAGUCAAGAGGAGACCUGCCUGUGACAGCUGAGCAAACAGCCAGAGCUUCAGCCGCUCAGUGGGAAGCUUCGCCAGGCCUGGGUUCCUGCCUCCCUCCUGUGGAGGUCAGGGGGAAGUGCAGGAAGUGCCGUGAGUCAGUCUCCUGGGGCUCACACAGCAGGAGAGACAAGGACAACUCAAGUACAAGUUGAAGGCUCAUUUCCCAGUUCCCAGAAGUGAAUGGUAUCUAAAAAGCAACCUUGUGUGCCCGCUGUAAAUUCUGGGAGGAAAUACCUAGAAAAGAAGCCAGGGCGAUGGGGCUUUGCCAAUAAAUGCCAUCUUGGUGCUUAGGAAGUUUAUAUGGCCCAAAACAAAAACUCCACUGCAAAGGUCACCACC